AUGUGGGCGCGUGGGGCGCCCGCAGCGCGUGCAGCGAGCUUGCUGAUGGGUGUCGCCUUGACGGGCUCUGGCGUCGAUGCUGGCAGCCUCGGGGCAGCCGAGAGCGACCACGCCGGCGCCCGGCCGCCAGCCCCCCCAGCGCUGGUGCGCGCGGUGGGGCAGGAGUCUGGCCAGCAGCCGAGCAGCUGCAACGGCCUGGUCUUCGCGUAUGCCGACACGUCCACGGAGUGCCGCGCCCUGGUGGCGGGGGGCGCUCUGGACGGCCGCACGCGGGCCAUGCUGCCAGCUGACACAGGAGAAGACUUGAACUUGUGUGCCUUCGGGUCGGUGGAUUUGGAUGGAGGGUUCGUGCUUUUCUCUGACGUGCACACGGCGAACCAGGAGUGGUUGAAUCUAUGCCCUUUCGGCGGGGCCGAGUGUCUCGAGUCCGACGAUACUGCUGUGGCCCCAGCUGCGGACGAGGGCGCAGGCACUGUUGGCACACCGAUGGAGACGUGGGACCGCCGCUUGACGGGGACGAGCUACACAUUGUUGGAUUUUGGCGAGACGUGUGCGGGCCAGGGCUACGAGGAGGUCAGUGACUCCGUGGCGUGUUUCGGAGCGGCGAAAGACAGCAUCGUGGCCUCCGGCGAAACGGUGGGUGUGACUGUGCCCGUGAGCGAAGAAUUUUCGUGCGCGUUUGCAAAUUCAGCGAUUUUCUUCGGGGACGGGAGUGCUGGCGCAGCGGAUUCCUCAUUGCAGUACAUAUGCCAAGGGGAGCAGCAGUCUUCUUCGACACGCACAACGGCCACCGUGUCAACGACCGUGUCAACACGCACCCUCAUCUACGACCCUACAGCCGUUUCUUACCCUGACAAAUGCCAGACAUGGUUUUUCCAUAUCGUUUCUGCCGAGACAAAGUCUGCCAGAAACGAGUUGUGCUUCGACGCGUCCGCCACGAUGGUCAGGCUUCCGCAAAACAGGAGCACGGCCAAUGUCCUGAAUGAGACUGAGACCGAAGAGCUUGGAGCAUGCUUCUUCAGCCUUGGGGGCGGCCUCACGUUAUUCUACGACGUCGAUCUACAAUGGGCGUACGAGAAGUGGCUCGACACUUGCGCGGCCCUCACCACAUCAACAGCGUCGUCCACUCUGACCUCGAGCACGACUAUCUCAGAGACUGUGACGACAACAGAAACUUCUAGCACGACUGUGUCUGCAUCUACCGGGACUUCUAGCACGAGUUGGACUACGAACACCGAGACCUCUAGCACAACUGUGUCUCUGACCGACAGCUCUAGCACGAGUUGGACCACGACGACGGAGACGUCCACCGCCACUGGGACUACGAUGACUGCAACUUCCAGCACGACCAGGACUACGACCACUGAGACCUCUACUACUAGUGUCUCUACAUCCACCAGCAUUUCUAGUAAAACUCGGACUACGACCACCGAGACCUCUAGCACGACUUUAACUACGUCCACAGAGAGUUCUACCAUGACCUCUAGCACGGGGACCUCUACCACCAGGAGCUCUACCACCGGGAGCUCUACCACGACAAGCGUGACAACGACAACCCCGACCCAGUACGUCUUAUUGCCUGUAGGUCUGACGUGCACAGAGGCAGGGUACGAACACGUCGAUGACAGAAUUGAGUGUUUUGAGAACGCUACUGACUUCUUGAAUUUCACGUAUGAUACGGCGCUGGAAGUUCAGGCCGAUUUUGCUUGCGUGCUCCAAUAUGGUGUCCUUUUGUUCGGCAACGGAAUCGCUGGUAGUGCUAGUGAAGACAGGCAGUACAUUUGCAAAGGGGAGCAGGACGUCAGCUCUACCUCUACUAAGACGACAUCUUCGACAACGACCAUUUUGCGAUUUGACCCCAAUGCCGUGAAUGUACCGGACGUUUGCCAAAUGUGGUAUUUCCAUGUCGUCAAUACUACGGAAGGAGAUGCUGGACUGGGGAUUCGACAGCAGGAGUGCUUCGAAGCAGCACAGGUAAUGACCACAAUUCACCCACAGAGAUCGAUCAGCCUCCUCCCUGCAGACACUCUCGGAGGUUGUGUUUUUAGCAGAGGCGGUGGGACCAUAAAUUUCUACGACCAGGACACAGUUCAGGCGUACAAUGAAUGGCUCGACAUUUGCGAAGGCCUUACCACAUCCACAGCGUCAUCCACUGAGACCAAGACGUUUACCGGGACUUCUGGCACGACCUUGACCACGAGUACUACGACUGCAUCCACAAUCACAGAUAGUUCGAGUACCACUGGAACCUCCAGCGCAACCGCAUCAACGACCACCAAGACUUCCAGCACGACUGUGUCUACUACUUCCGAAAGCUCCAGCACGACAGGGUCCACGACGACCUGGACCUCGACUACAACUGCGUCCACGACAACCGAGAGUUCUAGCACGACCAGAACCUCCAGCACGACUAAGUCCACGACAACCGGGACGUCUAGCACGACUAAGUCCACGACGACUGGUACCUCCAGCACGACCAAGACAUCUACCAUAACUGCGUCUACGUCGACUGGGACUUCUACCUCGACUGGUACUUCGACAACGCGGACCUCAAGCACGACUCUAUCCACAACCACUGAGAGUUCGAGCACGACUGGGACUACGACAACCGAGACUUCCAGCACAUCCGUGUCAUCGACCACCGUAUCGUCAACCACCGUGUCAUCGACCACCAAGACGUCCAGCACGACUGUAUCUACUAUCGAAGACCUCUAG